AUGUCGAUUUGCAAGCCCCGGCCCACUGUGUUCACCGAGUCACCCACGAUUUCUGUGACUGCAUCGGGAACGUCGUGGGAAUCAAGAGUACAUCACAUUCACCGAGCACUCCUCGAAGGUCAAUCGAUGACAUUUUGCAGGAAGCUGACCAACCGAUGCAACAAGAGCGUCCGGAUUACUGUCGGUCCUGAUGUCCGUGAGCGCGAUUUCGGAUGCUUUGUAACAUGGCUUUACAAUCGUGAGAUACCUGAGGAUGAAGUUGUACCUCGUUUCUGUUAUCUCUGGCAGUUGGCCAUACUGCUAGAGUCACAAAACUUCAAAUCCUACCUCGAAGUCAGAGGCAAAGCAUGUUUAAGAGGGUCCGAUUAUCUAUUCCCUGUUGCUACCGGGCUUCUCGAGCUGCUAUUCGAUGACGAUGCAAUCACCCAUCGUGAAUUGUAUGAGUAUCUGAUACAAGGCCUGGCGGACAAGAUUAAUGCCGACGGUUGGGUGCGCUUCAUUACAAAAACUGAUGGUGGAUGGGAGCAUUUCAUGAACCACAAGGAUGAUAAGAAUGGAACCAAGGGAAAGGUUCUGUCUAUGCUCAUGGAACGUUUGGACAAGGGCCAUCAAGAGAACAUGCAAGCCUAG